AUGCCAGCCAAUCUGGAUCAGGCACCCCUAGCUCGACGCUUCUCGCCCCCUCACGGAGAUUCUAGCACGACCUUGAAUCCACCGAAAUCUCAAGCGGUCGUCACUCCUAGCAAGUUAACUGACCCACUUGAAAAUUCGAUCCAAAGCCUUCCCGCUUGGGUAACCUGGCAGUAUCCCAUCACCCAUGCCUCCUUCGGAUGGCAUGGC